AUGGCCCAGCAGAACUGCAUCUCGCUGCAGGGCUCGUCAACAUGUCCAGCUUUUAGCGCAGCAUCAAUCAGCACCAACUUGACUGGAGACUUCUCUUUCCUGUCCUUCGUGUCAGACGUACAGUCGUUUGACAACCAAUUACGAUCUUACAUCUCGACCACCUACACACAAAGACAAUACCAAAACAUUUUAGGCUGCUCAAGUGUCGAUCUCAGUAAUACUACCGACCUGUAUGCUCGCUAUACAACCACAGUACUCUGCAACGCCAUCGUGCAAAGCUCUCGAGGACCAUGUGGCCUCAGCGACGCCAAUUCAACACCGCUUUGCGCAAGUGCUUGUGCCGAUUUCGCAACCAGCGAACAAGAGGUUGUCUCAACACCAGAACUGUGUGGCACCCCUGGCAGCAACGCGCACUCUCAAAUACGGGCCGAUUUCACCCGCUGCUCAUUACCGGCCAAUUCUCUCAGUGGCAGCUGCAUCGAAGCAGCGCGCAACGAACCCAGUGAAUGCGGCUACGGCUCAAACUUGCAAGGCCUUUGCUCGUACUGUGCUGACAGCACUGUCAACUCGACGAGCUCGUGUUGUGUCAACUCGAACGUUGAAGCACGAUGUGUGGGUGUCGAACUACCAACGACUGUCUCAAUGCCACCACUUUUCCCCACCAGCACAUCAACUACUGCGCCGACUGCUACCUCGAGUAGAGCUGGUACGAGCGAGUCAAAAUCCGGACUCUCUGGAGGUGCUAUUGCAGGCAUUGUCAUUGGUGCAAUCGUAGGCGCACUUCUCAUCCUUGCAGCUCUCGCCUUUUUCUGUCUGCAAGCCCGUAAGAGGAAGGAAAGUCAGUCUGGCAGCAUUCUCAACACGCCAUCACCGUCACGACACUCUGCAAAGGCCCCGCCUAUGAAUUACGGCGGUGACGGUCAGCUUCCACCCUCGAUCGUACCGGGUGCCCGUGUGCAGCGCAUGUCAGCUCUAGAAGGCUCAUCGUCCUCGGACCAACACAGCGACAGAGGGAUGGCCAUGACUGCGUUUGGCGGCUCUCAGGGUGCCUUCGGUUCGCCAGACUCGAGACACCAUCACUUUGCGGGUGCUGCAGCUUUUCCCAAGCGUCAAGGUUCCCUUUCAAGUCAUUCAGCUCUUGAGUCGAGCACCAAUUCGCCCCAAUCCGGAUCAGACGGACGCAACUUUUCGAGUCCUGACGGCGUUGCAUCUGGGCAGUCCGAGCAACUGCAGUUUUUCAAGGACUACUACUCGCAAGACGACAUCCACCCCAACGAUACUGUUGCCACUCUCUGGGCUUACCAACCACGCGCCGGCGACGAGUUUGAGUUGGAGCGUGGCGAUAUGCUCAAGGUUGUUGGCAUCUGGGAUGAUGGGUGGGCUACUGGUGUCAGGCUCGCCGAAUCAGCAGAACAAUGGGAGGCAAGGAAAGCCGAACAACGCGACUCGGGCGUUAGCAACGGAAGCCGAAGAUCGCAGACUGAGAUUGACAGCGAUAUCAAAGCGUUUCCGCUGGUCUGUGUGUGCUUGCCACAACACUGGCGAAAGACAAUAGAAGGGGACAGCACGGACAGCGGACAUGGGCCCGGAGGUGGUAGAGCACCUCCCAGCCCCUAA